CUGCUAAGUCUACAAACUCUCUUGCUUUCUUCUUCAAUCAUUAUUCUCAUGUUAGGGUUUCUUUCCAUGCUCUUAAUUUUUAUUGUUAUUGUCGUAGUUUUAGUUCCACUUCUGCUAAAACUACCAAUAAUGGUAGAGAUAUUGUGGAAAGCCCCAAUCAGUUCUUGAAAACUGUGAGAGAUCAAUGCAGAUCUCGGAGCUUUAGGAAUCUUGAUGAAGCAUUAGGUGUGUUUGAUAGAAUGCUUCACAUGCACCCUUUGCCUUCCAUCGUGGAUUUUAAUCAAUUGCUGGGUGCAAUCGCAAGAAUGAAGCAUCACUCAACUGUUAUUACUUUGAUUAAAGAAAUGGAACUGUCAGGAAUUGCUCCCAAUGAUUAUAUUCUGAGUGUUUUGAUUAAUUGCUUCUGCCAUUUGAACCGGGUGGAUUUCGGCUUCUCUAUUUUAGCAAGAAUUUUGAAGCUUGGUUUUCAACCAGACUAUAUAAUUCUAAACACUCUUGUCAAGGGGCUUUGUCUUCAGAGUAAAAUUGUUGAAGCUGUGAAGUUGGUUAACAAAAUGGAGAAUAUAGGCUAUAAACCAAAUACAGUUACCUACGGAACAGUAAUGAAUUGUUUGUGUAAAAUAGGUAAGACCAAUGAAGCUAUUGGGUUGCUUAGGAAGAUGCAAGAAGGAAAUCUUGAACUUGAUGUAGUGAAGUAUAAUAUAAUCAUUGAUAGUUUAUGUAAGGACAGAUUGGUAAUUGAGGCUUUGACAUUUUUCUCUGAAAUGGUGAGUAAAGGAAUUCAGCCAAAUGUUUUCACUUACAGUUCUUUAAUUCAGGGCCUAUGUAAUUUUGGUCGGUGGAAGGAAGUAACUAAACUAUGGAAUGAGAUGGUGGAUAGGAAAAUCAUGCCAGAUUUGCAUACAUUCAUGGUGGACACGCAUGGUAAAGAGGGGAUGUUGAAAGAAGCAAAUAAAGUUUUUAAUGUGAUGAUUCAAACAGGCGUAGAGCCUGAUACAAUCACGUACAAUUCUUUGAUUGAUGGUUAUUGUUUGCAAAAUAGAAUGGAUGAAGCUGUCAAAGUAUUUAAUACGAUGGUUCGAAAGGGUUGUUCGCCUUCUGUUGUUAGCUAUAACAUAUUAAUCCAUGGAUAUUGUAAAGAUAAGAGAAUUGAUGACGCAAUGAGUCUUUUUCGUGAAAUGACUAUCAAUGGCAUGAUUCCCAAUGUUGUCACUUACACCACUCUUAUUGGCGGGUUUUGCCGAGUUGGGAGACCUAAGAUUGCACUAGAGCUGCUCCAGGAGAUGCAAGGUUGUGGCCAACAUCCCAAUGUCCAAACUUAUGCUAUUUUGUUGGAUGGCCUAUUUAAGAAUCUACACUUUCCAGAGGCAAUGGCAUUGUUUCAAGCAAUGGAAGACAAAAAGUUAGACCUUAAUAUUGUGAUUUACAACAUCUUGAUUGAUGGUAUGUGCAAUGCUGGGAAACUUACAACUGCAAGAGAACUCUUUAAUACUCUUCCUACCAAAGGCUUUCAAGCUAAUGUUCAGACUUAUACUAUAAUGAUCAAAGGGCUUUGCAAAGAGGGACUACUAAAUGAAGCGAGGGAGCUAUUUGAGAAAAUGGAGGAAUUUGGUUGUCAACCUAACCAUUUCACAUAUAACACAAUCAUCCAUGGCUUCUUGCAUCAUAAUGCAACUUCAUGGGUAGUGAAAUAUAUCCAAAUGAUGGUUGACAAGGGUUUCCAGGCAAAUGCGACCACGGCAACCAUUUUGAUCGACUUGUUGACUACUAAUCAGGCAGAUAAAACAUUACAAGAUUUUUUUCUAAAAUCUGUGUGAAAGAUUUCUAGUUCUUCAACGUUUAUGACAAAUUUGAUGUUCUAAACUUUACAGAGUUAGUCUGUAAGGUACAAACAUAUUUGCCGCAAGUCAUUAAGGGAUCUCAUGAUUGAAGGAACACUCUUGAAGGUCUAGGAGCUUGGUGGUUAUGUGUUGUUGAUUUUGUUUGAUGCUGCUGGAUAUUGGAAGUUGGAUGUUGGUGGUUAUGUGCUGUUCAGCUGGAUUAAUAGCAUUGAAGAAUCCUAAUGGUAACAAUCCAAAUGAGGAUGAGGGUGAGUCUGAGGAUGAGGACACGUAAGAGCUCCUUCGGUGACGGUUUUUGAAGGGUUAUUUGGACAUAUUUUGGUUGCUUUAGUGGACCAUUCUCCUGGAUAUUUAGAGUAUGUGAUGUAUUGAGCAAAUAUUUAGACAUAUAUAUGUUAUGGUUUUUUUUUUCAGUGUUUAACAGUGUGUUCAGACAAUGAUUAUGUUUUUAUU